UCGCAAUAGUCCCAUCGACGCCUUCGUGUUGAGACUGAUUUCUCGAAUUGAAAAAUCAGCACACCAAGAGUACGCAUUAAGCCAAGCUGAUUUCAAACGGGUCUGUCAAGGGGAGGAUUUUCCUGAGAAACCCGUUUCUUUCAAACGAAAGAUUCCAUAAUAGGGUCUUUACUGCAUUACACGCCUUGAUUUUUUCUUGAGGUUAGGGUUCUCGUGUAAGUCUUUCUAUUAGUUUCUGGUAAACUCUAUCCCCGUGAGUGAAUCGGUAUUUUCUUUGCUUUGGCGGAUUAAGGUCCCUAGAAAUGUCAGGUUCUUCACGGUCGGGUCAAUAAGUUGGAUGGGUUGUCCAGGAUUUUGCCUUCAUUAGUUGGUUCUUUCUGUUGCAUUAUGUGCUGGAAGGCGGAGAAAUACUUGGAUCACCUUUGGCAUUUUGAGCUGGUUUAGUGUUUAACGAUGAGAAUGGAGGGAGAGCAAGGAGGCAUAUUGAGGAAUGAAGAUUAGGAACUGCAAAUGGAGUACUAUCUAUCCAGAUCGAGAAUCGAGAAACAUGGAAUGGGAUGGGAUGGGAUGGAAUGGAAUGGAGAAUAGGGAAUAAUUUCAGUUUUCAUUAAUAAAUAAUUCCCUUCUAUUUUCUCUCAAUUUCUCCCCUCUCCCAUCCUCAGCCACCCGGGUCGGUUUCUUAUUUUGCUCUUUACUUCAACCUCACUUCCCAAGUUGCCACUUCCAUCCGUUCAACGCAACCAAUUCUUCCAAAUUUUCCUCCAAAUUCAGUGGUUCCAAACAGGAGUUCAACGCAACCAAUUCGUCCAUCACUCAACGAUUCAUGUGAAUUACAAGAUGGUUGGUACAUGUGAAGCAAUAGCUUGGGGUGGAACUAUCUCAUCAAGUGAUUUUCACAAGGCUGCUUCUGCUUUUAUUCGUAGAUGGAAACUGAUCAAUUCUGAUUUUCCUUCAUGGUCAUGGGUUCCAUAUCAGAAACUACGGUGGAUUAGUACUGAUGAUAAGGUUGAAGGAUACUUAUCUUUGGAGAAAAUAUGCCUUCUGAGACCACAAGAGAACGAGGAGGAGAAAGGAGGGUGUUUAGAGGAAGCAGAUAUUGAUGGGGCUGGCAACAACGAGUAUCUUGAUGAAGCUACAUUAGUCCCACCCCCAAGUGACCAUCAAGAAGUACAUUACUAUGAUUUUCACAUUCUGCACUGUGCAUCAUAUAGUGUUCCAGUGCUAUACUUUCGAGCUUACUGUUGUGAUGGACAACCUCUGAUGUUUGAAGAAAUUGAAAAGAAUCUCCCAUCACAGUCUGCAGAUACAUUACUGAAUUCAAAAUGGACAUUUAUUACUCAGGAGGAGCAUCCAUAUUUAAACAGACCAUGGUUCAAAUUACAUCCUUGUGGAACCAGUGAAUGGAUGAAGCUACUCUUCCUUAGUGAUGCUUCUUUGUUCAAUAAUGAAAUAGCUAUUGAAAGAUAUGUUGCCUCGUGGCUCUCAGUUGUGGGGCAAGUAGUUGGCUUGAGGAUUCCUAUGGAAAUGUUGAAAGAAGUCGGUGGCAGUCAGCUUUGAUUCUGGAGUUCAUCAGCAUUUAGCAGCCUUGGCGAGAAUGGCUCGGUUUAAGGGCAUUGCUCAUGAUAUAAUUACUGAUGCUGGUAAUUGGUUUUGGUUACUAGAAGGAGAACUCCAUGCUCUAGUAGAGAAGUCAAAACCUGCCUGAGAUGAGAGAUUGGCUUUAGCAAGGGGAAGAUACGCACUGAAAGCCGGGUUGCCAAGUUUCGCUUAACGAUUGAUGUGCACUCCUUUUGAGGUCGGAGGCUUUAUCCUUCAUUUUUUACAAUUGAACUAAAAAAAAUUGUCCAUUAUCAUAUAUACUAUCAUUCUUUCAAGUUUUACCAUAUAUCUUGGGCAGUAUUUGUGUACAUUUAUGCAAAUUUAGGUGAUAAAGUCAAUGUGUAAAUGUGAACAAUGUUCACUAUGGGAACUUGUAAAUGUCUUCCUAAUUUCAUGUUAAAUGAUUUAUGCUGGGAAAUGUGUUUAAUAGAUCCUUUUAAGUGUUAAUGCUUUGUUUAAAGCAUUAAUCUCUCAA